AUGUCUGGGGACUCUGUGGCAGCCGGCUCCCUGGCGGCAGCAGACUAUGUGGUGUUUGCUCUUCUGCUGGUGGUGUCUGCUGCUAUCGGGAUCUACUACGCCUGGGUCGGCAGGGGCCAAAACUCCAGGGACUUCUUAACCGGGGGCCGCAGAAUGACAGCCCUGCCCGUCUCCAUGUCUCUGACGGCCAGCUUCAUGUCAUCCAGCACACUGCUGGCCAACCCAGUUGAGGUUUACACCUUUGGAGCCAUUUUUGCAUUAUUAUCUCUUUCAUAUACACUGUCCAUUGUGGUCACAUCUGAGGUCUUUCUCCCAGUCUUCUACAGACUGUCUAUCACCAGUACUUAUGAGUAUCUCGAGCUGCGUUUCAACAGAGCAACCCGGCUGCUGGGAACCGCGGUAUUCAUGGUUCUGACCAUCCUCUACACAGGAAUAAUCAUUUAUGGCCCAGCAUUAGCUUUAAGCCAAGUCACUCAGUUGGAUCUGUGGGGUGGAAUUAUUUCAACUGGCGUUGUCUGUACUUUUUACUGCACAUUGGGUGGACUGAAGGCGGUGGUGUGGACUGAUGUAUUUCAGGUUGUAAUAAUGAUAGCAGGUUAUCUGUCUGUUAUUAUCAAGUGUAUGAUCAUAAAAGGAGGAGUCGCCACAAUCAUUUCAGAUUCACAACAAGGAGGGAGGAUCAACAUUUGGGACUUUGACUUAAACCCACUGAGGAGACACACUUUUUGGACCAUCACUUUUGGAGGGGGGGCUGCCUGGAUCGCAGUCAAUGGGAUAAACCAAUCCCAGGUUCAGAGAUACAUCUCCUGCAAGAGCAUCACUCAUGCCAGAGUAGCUCUGUACAUCAACCUGAUAGGUUUGUGUUUCUUCCUGACGUGCUCAGUGUUGGCAGGAAUGUGCCUCUACUCAUUCUAUAAGAACUGUGACCCAUGGAGCGCUGGACUGGUCUCUAAUCCUGAUCAGCUGAUGGCAUAUUUGGUGGUGGACAUCUUCACAGCUUUUCCUGGUCUGCCAGGACUAUUUUUCGCAGCAGUAUAUAGUGGCUCUUUAAGCACAGUGUCUUCCAGCAUCAACGCGCUGGCUACAGUGACAAUAGAGGACCUGAUCAAGCCGUGCACGAACAUGUCUGAGAAACAUCUGACCUGGCUGUCCAAAGGAAUGAGUGUAUUCUAUGGAGUUUUGUGCAUCGCCAUGGCUGGACUGGCCUCACUCAUGGGAAGGAUUAUGCAGGCAACUGCCACCAUCACUGGUGUCCUCGGAGGUCCCUUACUUGGCCUGUUCAUAUUGGGUAUCUUCUGCCCAUUUGCCAAUUCCAAAGGAGGUCUGUCAGGUCUGAUGACUGGGUUGUUCGUGGCCGUGGGUGUGUGCAUCGGGGCCCUGAUAUUCCCCUCUCCUCCUUACAUGACCCGACCUCUGCCACUGACCACGGAGGGUUGUAACUUCACCACUGACGACAGCUCCAACUGGACCUCCACUAUUCUGCCAGCAGGGCCAAGCACCGUCACUAUGGCCCCAGGGAACAACACUGAUGAUAUACUGUCGGCAGAAAACUGGCUCCCUCCUUCCUACCUUUACUUCUCUCUCAUUGGAUCUGUAACAGCGUUCACUGUGGGAAUGUUCAUCAGCCUCUUAACUGGAGGCCGGAAGCAGAAGGUGGAAUCAAGGCUGAUGAUAAUGAAAGAAGACACGACGCUCUAUUACAUAUUCAGGUUUUUCAGAGACAGAGUGACGAGAAAAACAGGAAAUCUGGACCUGACGAAGAACGGAGGGGAGAAAACUGGCAACACAAAUCCUGCUUUCAAUGACACUGAGAUGGACUUAAAGAAAAGUACCAUUAUCUCAUGAAAGACAUCAAAUUAUCUUUGCAUCUGCACAUGUUCUUAAUGCUUCAGAUGAAUUAUAGUCAUGUUCUAGCCUAAUACAACAAAUGUCAUCAACAUAUCUAAACUACAGCAAUAUUUUCUCUGUUAUUUAUAACAACCCAAAAUGUACAUGUGUAGUGUUUCUGUUUUCA